CUCUGGAUGGUUUUUUUCAUUUCCGCCCCCCCCCCCCUCGCUCCAUUGCCCUCCUGUCCCUACUUGCCUUCCUUUGCCUCCGUGCCCUCGUUGCUUGCACCACCCUCUCGAUCCCCCUGUCCCCUGCCCGCCCCUCUGCCCCUGCUGCCGCUGCCCCCACCCCGAAAUGGCCGACGUUCUUCCGAUCCCGGUGUCCCCUCCCCAGGAUACCGGCAUUGUGGCCCUCUUCAAAUCCGGCCAGCGCCUCAAUGUCCAGUAUGGGGACUUCAUCAUCUCCGGAAGCAUCCACAGCAACCGAGCUCAGUUUGAUUUGUGUUGCCCUGUCGGCGGGGCAACCGGCCUCCGGGAUAGCCUGCCCAGUCGCCAUGGCCGGGCUCCCCCGAGCAACGAAUCGCCAAUGUCCCCCGAGCCCUGGCUCCAAAAGGUGCACCCGCCUUCAACCCAGCCUCGAGGCCUUCCCGGCUGCUGGGAGUGGCUUCCUUUGCCUUUUGGCGGCUCUCGCAUGCCGCACCGGAAAUAUGAAGACUGACCUCUGGUGGGGGAUGGCGGUGUGGCAUGGCGGCUGUGGGCAUGUGGGCGCGGUCUUCAUCGGCAGGUUGCCACCCCGGGCGAGGCGCUCCACGUCGCCGGCCGCGAGGCCCUGCUGCUCGACAACGGGCGGAUCGUGCGCUUCACCUUCGACGAGGCCGGCAUGGCCGAGACCGGGGUCCUCUAUCGUCAUGUGCCGGGCGCCGAGGGUGUCGGCUUCACGGUCAACAAGUCGCUUUUGUAUUUGGCCACCGAGCCGGCCACCCUGCUGGGCUUCCAACUGCGUGAAGAUCUGGUCCUCUUCGAUGACUCGCCCGGGGAUCUGCCCACCGAGGGCGUCUGCUCCUUCAAUGCCGGGCAUGUGGUGCUGAACUUCGGCAACAUGGUGGCCAAGCUGCGCUUCGGGGCGACCGGACCCGAUGCCGGAAGCCUGACAGCCUUGUCGGUCUUCCAGGUGGAAAGCUGCCUGGCCGGGGCCGGGGUUUCGCCCGAGGCCGGCUACCGGGCCCAGAACGCCCUCCGGGGCCGGGGGGAAAAUGGCUUCCGGAAUGUGGUCCCCUCGCCGGCCCGGGGGCUCUGUCCGCCGGCAUGCCCCUGUGCCAGCCUCCGUUUGCCGAAGCAGGUGUCUGCCCAUCAUAACCGCGUGCUGGUGGUUCGUCAUGGCCGACUGCUGUUGGCGGAAUUCCCGAUGCCGGUGGCGACCCUCGGGGUGUCGGCCCCGCCCGCCUGUCGAGCCCAUGAGUCCAUCCUCAUGGAGGGGCUUCCGGAUGGCGCGUGGCUCGAGCUCACGGUCACCCCCGGGCUGGUGCUCCUUGUGGACCCCAGCCGGCGGUGCGGCCAUUACAUUGACCUGGGGCGGCCGCUGUCUCGGUUUUCCCUCUUCCGCAAGAUCGCACUGCCUCUGUUCGAGGACAGUGUCGUUUCGGGGUCGUACCAGUUCAGCCGGACAGUGACGCUCGUGGCGCCAGGGGGCCUCAACUCGUUGACCGUCUCCGAGGGUGCCAAUGUCAAUAUCCUUACUCGGUUUGCCGAGCCCAUGGCGAUGAUGCCCUUCCGCAGCAACCAGGGGACUCUCUGUCGGCCGCGUGCGAAUGCUCCGGAGGUCUUCCGGAUCGAGGUGGAGGGCUUCGGAGACAUGGUCCCAGCCGGGCGGCUGAUGCUGGGCUCCAAGCGCGCCCUCUCGCUGCAUGAGAACUUCCUCGUGUGUCAUGAGUAUGUCCUCGGGACGGAGAGCUUCCGCCUGGCAGGCUUUUCCUUUGCCUUGCAGCUGGGGUCCUCGGGCAUCGCCGGUCCGGGGCGCCUGAGCCUGCAGCAAGCUUCCCCCCCGCAGGAUGGUCGGCUUUGCGUUGUUAUCGAUGGCCAGUGGGCGAUGGACGUGGACCUUGAGGCCCGGAAGGUGUCCGGCCUCCGGUCCUGGCUGCCGGCCGGCUGGCCUCAGUCGGGGACCGAUCGGCUGCCCCCUGGUGGGAUGAUGACCACCGUGCGACAGGAGCUGGCGGUGGCCGGGCCCAGUGGCGUGCUUCUGUACGGGCUGCAGGCUGCCGGCGAGCAGCUGGCCAUUGACCAGCAGCCCCGGACGGCUUGGCGGAGUGCCAGCCGCCCGGCCGGCAUCUUUGCCCCCCUCGAGCCGGACACACUGGCCGUUGCCACCGGCGGGGAGGUGCACUUUGUCCGAGCCACGGCUGACGGCCCGGUCCUUCGCUCCAUGUCCUUCGAUGACAAGGUGGUCGCCGUGUUCGGGCAUCGGUCGACGCGUGAAUCGCUGGCCGUUUUGACCCGGAGCUCGGUUCAAAUUUUCCACAACUGGGAGAGUGCAUAUGACAUCCCGCUCGGUGGCCGCCAGUGCCUGGCCGUCACGCAGUUGGAUGACGGGUCGCUGGUGCUGCGGUGCAGUGAUGGGUUUUUCGACCUGCUGAACUUCGAUGCCCUGAUGUUUGCCGAGCGCCAUGUCCAGUGGCGUGACCAGCCGGGGCCCCUUCCUGGGACCGGCACGCCCGAGCAAGUCUGGGUGUGCCCCUGGUUCUCGCUGUCGUGGGUGGCCCGGCACCCGGGCGGGCGCUUUGUCUUCCACACGGCCAACCGCCAACCGGAUGUCUAUGAGCCGUGGGCCUUCCUGCCGACGAGGCGCUCUUUCGCUCUGGAUCUGUCCUCCUGGCCCGGGGCCGGGGAGGACGCCCCGGCCGGCGCGGUCUUCCUGCAACAUGGCGACCGGCGCUUCUGUGUCAUCCUCUUCGGGCAGAGGAUGGCCCUCAUCCCGGAGGAGGAUUUGAUUCGGCUCUUCAUCGACCCGACCGACCCGAGCAUUUUGGGGCAGCCCCUGCAGUGCAGCAUUGUCAAUGUCGGGCUGCCGCUGUCCUCCGGCGACAUGCUGACCCUGGGCCCGGAGGUCCGGCCUCUGCAUCCGACCGUCAUCCUGUCGACCGUGGUAGAGGGGAAGUCGGCUUUCGGGCCCAAGUCCCUGCCCAUCGAGGGCGAGUCCGUGCAGAUGGGUCAAAUUCGUGUGGAGCUCUGGACGCCUGCCGCAGGGGCUCCGGACGGGGCCGCAGCCUGCUGACGCGUGGCUGAGCUCUCCAGCCAGGCCCCAUCCGGGCGCUCGGACUGGGAUGCAGGGUCCGGGCUGUGGUGCCGGAUAUCGGCCAUCAUGGGCCGUCGAUCGCGAAAUGAAUGUCCAAUGCCAA